AUGUCAAAAUCAACUGAAUUCUUCUGUCGUCUUCCUAGAUCAGUCGAGCUCGUGCAAGACUACAAGGACAUUACGCCGAGUCCCAAAGCUCUGGCAGAAUGCAGAGCUGCUUUAUAUUCGAGUAACGGUAAGUUCUUUGCAUAUACACAACCAAACGAGGUUGUGAUAUUGGAUACUUCUGCCCAAGCGCAAUUGUACCAUCGUAUUGAGAUUCCUGAAGUAUUUGACAUUCAUUUUUCUCCCAAGGGUACCUACUUGUGUCUUUGGUGUAAACCUAUCCAGUUGAAUAAGGAAAGCGGUGUUUGGAAUGACAACCUCAAAGUGUUCAACGUCAACACCAAAACGGUGAUUGCCGAAUGGAGUGUGAGGCAUCAAAAUGGAUGGAGACCACAAUUCACAAGUGAAGAAACUUUGUUUUGUCGCGGAUUGAACAAUCGUGAGAUUCAGUUUUUUGAAAUCGAUGCCAAUGGCACGUCAAAGAUCAACAUCAACCAGCCUACAUACAAGUAUAAGCUCAAUGACGCCAAGGCCACGUUUCAAAAUUUCCAAAUCUCCCCUGGUAAGAAUCCAAGCAUAGCAAUAUUUAUACCUGAGAAAUCGGGUAAGCCUGCAAGUGUGUAUAUCUACAACAUUCCCAAUUUCAACCAGCCAAUCUGUUCCAAGAACUUUUUCAAGGCUGAGAGAUGUCAAUUGAAAUGGAAUACCUUGGGUACUGCAUUGUUGGCAUUAGCUUCUACGGAUCACGACACGUCUAACAAGUCAUACUAUGGUGAGACCAAUCUUUAUUUGUUGGGUAUUGCCGGUUCAUAUGACUCUAGAAUCGACUUGCAAAAGGAAGGACCAAUCCAUGAUAUCACCUGGUCACCAACGGCGAGAGAAUUUGCUGUAUCGUAUGGGUACAUGCCUUCUGAGACUACAUUUUUUGAUGCCAGAGGUAAUGCUAUCCACUCUUUGCCCACGGCGCCAAGAAACACUAUUAUGUACUCUCCACAUGCCAAAUUUGUUCUCGUUGCUGGAUUUGGUAAUUUGCAGGGUACUGUUGAUGUGUAUGACCGUCAAAACAAGUUUGCCAAGGUUGUCACUUUUGAGGCUACAAACACCUCGGUUUGUGAAUGGUCGCCGUGUGGAAGAUUUAUUUUGACUGCUACGACGUCGCCGAGGUUGAGAGUCGAUAAUGGUUUGAAAGUGUGGCAUGCUAGUGGGAAACUCAUUUUUAUGAAGGAGUAUCAAGAGCUUUUUGCCAUUGGGUGGAAACCGCAAGAUUUGGCAUUGUUUCCGGCAUUGCGUACUUUGGAAGCAGCGCCGGAAGCACAUGAGUCUACAAAAGAGUACACGGCAAAGAGAGAUGCUUUGGCCAAUGCGGCAGCAAAGAAGCCCGCUGGUGCAUAUCGUCCACCGCAUGCUCGUGGUAGUGGUGCAGCAGCUAGUGCUUCUGCUACAACAUUGUAUCAAAGAGAACUUGAGAACAGCAUGAGAGGUAAUAUUGCAACUGCGGCCACAUCGUCGCCACCACCACCAGGAUUGUCAAGAAAUGGUGGUGCUGGUGGUGGUAACAGUUCUUUUGCAACCAGACAGAGGAUUGUUCCUGGUGCAGCGCCAGUGGUUGAGAAGGAGAGUAAAGCUGCUGCAAAGAAUAGAAAAAAGAGAGAGGCGAAAAAGGGUAAAGAGUCGUCGCCAACUCCAACUCCAAAUGCAAAUGCUAAUGCAAAUGCAAAUACAAAUACUAGCACGAUUGAGGAUGCUAAACAGCAUAAGUCAUCAGUUGUAGCUGAAUCGCAACCAGCAGCUGGUGGAGCAGGUGGUGCUGUAUUGGGAGGUGUUGCAUCAUUAGAGGAGAAGAAGAUUAGGUCUUUAUUGAAGAAGUUGAGGGCCAUUGAACAAUUGAAGAUGAAACAAGCUGGUGGUGAGACUUUGGAAGAUACCCAAGUGAUUAAGAUUUCUAAGGAGGAAGAGAUUAGAGGUGAGUUGCAGACUUUAGGUUGGAGUGAAUAG